ACCUAAACAACCUCAGAAAUCUCACUCAACAACUCUCCAAGGCAUCCAACGACACCAAAAACAAAGGAUUCUACAGCACCAGCGUCGGAAACAAGCCGGACACCAUCAACGGCCUCUUCAUGUGUCGGGGAGAUGUGCCCCUUGAGCUCUGCCAUGAAUGCGUCAAUGAGGGAAUCGAGCAACUAAACUUUUCGUGUCCCAAUUCAAAGGAGGCUAUCAUAUGGUAUGAUUGUGUAUGCUUCGCUAUUCCAAUCGCUUUUUCUUCUCUACCCUGGACACACUGCCUGUAUAUACAAAACCCGGUGGGGAUAUGCUUGAAAACGAAACAAAGACCUUCAAUCGGCUGUUAGGGAAUACAUUGAAUGAUCUAGUGGCGGCAACGACGAACUCAUCAGAGAGUGUAGGAGUGAAAAAUUUUGAGACAAACACAAAAUCCAGCGAUUUAGAGUUGAAAACGUUGUAUACUCUUGCACAAUGUACUCCAAACCUGUCCAGCCAAGACUGCAGAAAAUGUCUACAAGGUGCUUUGCAAAAUAUCAUGUCAUGUUGUUCUGCAAAGAAAGGAGGACAGGUCAUGAAUCCUAGCUGCAACUUGAGGUUUGAAUCGUACAUAUUUUAUAAUGACAGUAAAAAUGUUGUUUCGGUGCCACCUGCGUAUCCCCCAGAUGAGACAGGUCCCCCAGGAAAUCCAGGAGAAGAUAACGACCACUCACGAACAAUUAUAAUAGCGGUGGUGUCUGUCACUAUUGGCUCAAUCAUGCUCCUUUGUUUCGGCUACUAUUACUGGCAGAGAAAAAGGAGCAAGAGCUAUAAGGAGAUUCUGAAGAAAAACUUUGGAAGUGAAGGAGCCAUGUUAGAGUCAUUGCAGUUCAAUUUGGCAACAAUUGAAGCUGCAACAGAUAAGUUCUCAACUGAAAAUAGAAUAGGCAAAGGUGGAUUUGGAGAAGUCUUCGAGGGCAUUCUUCCCGAUGGCAGCAAAAUAGCUGUAAAGAGAUUGUCAGAAAAUUCUAGUCAGGGCUUAUUAGAAUUCAAGAAUGAGGUUCUAUUAAUUGCCAAACUUCAACAUAGAAACCUGGUGGCACUAUUAGGAUUUUGCCUGAAAGACGAAGAAAAAAUACUUGUUUAUGAAUAUGUUCCCAACAUGAGUCUGGAUUACUUUUUAUUUGGUUCACAAAAGCCAAGAAUGUUAAAUUGGCUUGAGCGCCACAAAAUUAUAGGAGGCAUUGCUGGAGGAAUUCUUUAUCUCCAUGAACAUUCACGCCUUAAAGUAAUACAUCGAGAUCUCAAACCUAGCAAUAUAUUGUUAGAUGAUGAGAUGAAUCCAAAAAUUUCUGAUUUCGGCUUGGCAAGAAUGGUUGGCAUUAAUGAAACCAGGGGGAACACAAAUAGAAUUGUUGGAACAUUGGGUUAUAUGUCUCCAGAAUAUAUUAAAUUUGGACUAUUUUCUGAGAAAUCAGAUGUUUUCAGCUUUGGGGUGAUGGUUUUAGAAAUUAUUAGUGGAAAGAAGAAUAUAAAUUCUCAUCGUGAAUAUCCUGAAUCUCAAUAUGCUGAUGGACUAUUGAGUAAUGCUUGGAAGCAUUGGAGGGACGAAAAAUUGAUAGCGAUGGUGGAUCCAAAUCUGACAGAAGUUGAGUCACACAGUGAAAUAAUCAAAUGCAUCCAUGUCGGCUUGUUGUGUGUUCAAGGAAAUCCAGAAGUUAGGCCUUCCAUGAAUGAAGUUGUUCAAUAUCUAAGUAAUGAUUCAAUUGAAUUACCAAUUCCUCAAGAACCAGCAUUCUUCAUACAUAGUCAAAUGGAACCAGUAGCAACCACCAGAGAAAUGGAGGGUCAGCUUGCCAACCACAAUCAAUAUUCCAUCAGUGAAAUGUCGAAUAGUACACUAUUUCCUCGUUAG